UACAAACCCACAUUAUAAAGACACUUCAGUUUCAAUUUAUUCUUUUACUACAGCGCAAGUGCUUUUCAAAUUUAAAGGCUUAAAAGCUUCGUGCGGGGUCGCAAUAUAAAAGAAUGACUUCGCGGGAAUAUCCAAAGAUUUGGGGCAGUUUCGACAGAAUUGCUGAAGAUGGAAGGACAUUGGCAUUCGCAAUAGAAGAUAUUCCAGAGGCUCUGUGGAGCGAGGCCGUGGAGUUUAUGCUGGGGAAUUAUAUACGGGAAGAUGUUUGGUGGAUCACAGCUGGUACUGCACAGGAUCCACAGGCAAUCGAAGAAUAUCGGGUGCUAUUGAAGUCUAUUAUUAAUUGGAAAAUGAGUUUGGCAUGCUUCCUGUCUGAUGGCGAUGGAAAUGAUCGCAUCCUUGUAGGUGUCAAUAUGUGCAUGCCGCAGGAGAAAAAUCACUUUGUUGAUCACAACCCGCCUAAAACAAAGGCGGGUCUGUUGUCGCUCCGCAUGUUUAGCGAGACUAUGAAAGUGACUGCGAUAUACGACAAGUACGACGUGAGUAAAUAUCUCAUGGGAGCAGGCCUGUCUGUUACUCCGGAAUACAGGGGCCUUGGCGUAGCCGUUGAGCUGCUAAAGUGUAGAAUGCUCCUUGCAAAAGAAGAAGGCAUGAGUGUCACAGGCGGAAUAUUCACAAGUGAGUCCGCACAGCGAUCCGCAGACAAGGCAGGCUGGGAGUGCUUAUACCAGGUUCCGUACAAACAGUUCGGGGAGCAAUGCGAAAUCGACUUUAACACCAGCACCGAAAACUUAAAAAUAUUUGCUGCAAAAGUUGAAUAAAAUGAAAAUCACAAGAAGUACUUCCACUUUUAUCACUGAAGAUAGUAUAUUUUUACCGCUUUACACAGAAGCUUUGCUAGCACUUGUAAUUUAAUGUUGUUAUUCUAGCGUAGGUACAAUGAAUACUAAUGGAUUUUUACACGUUAUAAAAAUAAUUUAACUGAAUGUUUUUAUCCGCAAUAAACUAAUAACGACA